AUGGCUUUCAAAAUGACAAGGAUGCACCUCCACAAUGUCCUAAACGGGUUGUUGUGCCAUCUGCCAAGAAAGGCUCACAGCGCCACCAAUGCUGCACCCUCACACAUCCAAACCCCCACCACUGUCACUGCCUCUAAUGAGGAUGAUAGUGACAUUGACCUGCUUCACAGCAAACCCAGACGGCUCACAAAAGGCAAAAAAUGUGCUCGUGCUGCUGCCAACAGCAACAGUGAACUGUCUGCAGGGGCUGAACUUGAGCCAGAUAGCCUCCUGAAUGAGGCGGGCCCAUCUGCAACUAUCAAUCCACCACAGGCUCCCGCUAUCGUUGACAACGAACGCGAUGCCAACGGAUUUCUAAAGGACAUGCAAGUUAUGGACAUCGAUGAGCCCAAAAAAUCACACCAAGAGCAGCGAAGCCGCGACACCAAUAAAAAAAUUUCAGCCCCAUAUUCUGACGAUAAAGGCAAGAAGUAUCACCAUUGCAUGCUAUGCAGCAAAAAAACAAAGAAACCUGUUGCUUUUGUCAAUGAAGUAAUGACCAUGCACCGUCACAUGGAGGCUUUGCAUUGGAAUGAAUAUAUCCAAUGGGCCGACCACAACAAAUUUACUUCAAUGUUACCGAGGGACAUAAAAUGUCGCAAGCUAGACACUGCUGCAGACUCUCAAGCUCGACUUGAUGCCCACCUUUCUGACAAGAAACCAAAAGAUCGCAUCAUCCCAUAUUCGGAUGCACUCUUUUGCGAUGCCGCUAUCAAGUGGUUAAUUGAAACUGAUCAGCCCAUCAAUGCAAUAAAUCACAAGUCUUUCAAGUAUAUGAUUGACACAGCUACAAGGCAAGCUAUUAUCGACCUUUUCAAACGCAAUCUUACUGAUCUUCGCAACCGGCUACUUCUCACUAACAUUGAGAUACUUUAG